AUGACGACGCCCAAGCCCGACCCUCCGGCACCUCUGCUCUCAACGUGGGAGGUGUCGGCCGCCGCCGGCGAGCCCAUUGCCGUGGUGCGCGUGCGCAAUCUGCAGGGCACGGUGCCGGUCGGCCGGGACGCCUGGGGCCGGCCGGACAAGGCGCAGCCGGCGCUCAUCUCGACCGAGGUGUCGUUUGCCCAGCCCUUUGGCGCCGCCUCGGCCACGGACACGGUCAGCGCCGAGACGGCGCACUACGGCAACCUGAGCAAGAACCUCUUGGCCAGCCUGGGCGCCUUUGCCCAGGCGAGCCCGCCCACCAAGGUCGCUGCUGCUGCCUCCGCGGCCGGAGACAAUGGCAAACCUAGCUCCGGCGACGUCUUUGAGCUGCUCUGGGUCGGCCUGACGGGCCGCGUCGUCGACGGCAGCGCCCGGGCGCUACCGCUCGACCGUCUGCCCUUUCUCAACACGGAUCGCUUGCGGGGCUUGUCGCUGACGGUGCACCUGCCCAAGGCGAGUCUGCUGGGUUCCGGGGUCAGCCAGACCGUUACGGCGUGCUUCAAUGGGGAGACUGAGGCGGCCGGCAACCCGCUGCGGAGCUACGCCCGUAGUCUCCGGAUACACGAGCUACGCAUCCCCGUUCUCAUUGGCGUCAACGACAAUGAGCGGCAAGCCAAGCAGAUGGUUGUGGCCGACGUGGAGAUUGAUAAGCUCGAUGUGACGAGGGACAUUCACCCGGAGCUCGAAAGUAUUAUUACCGAGGCAAGUAACAAUCAUACAAUGAGUGCAUCUUCCUUUGAAACACUGGAGGCACUUGGAGCGUUGGUGGCAGGAAAGAUCCUGGACGAGUUUAAGAUUGUAGACGAUCCCAAGACAGGUCGGGAAAGGGGUUGGCAAGUCAAAAUAGCACUUGGCAAGCCUAUUGCGGUUCCCUUUGCGGAUAGUCCCGAGGUGAUUAUCAAGAUGGGAGCCGGGUUGCUCUGA